CAAUAACAAGUUACGGAAACCCUUCUACAUCUAAGUUUCUAACCCUAUUCCAACUGUGGUGCGCUCCUUCCAACUUUCCAAACAGAAUCAAAAGCCCCGGAUCUUUGAUUCGGUUUGGUUUCCAUUCCUUGUAUUCCCAAAACGGGAGAAUUGCAAGGAAAAUAAAUCUGAAUAAGCUAGCAGAUCAUGCUCUAGAUAUAUAUAUGUCCUAGUGCUAGUACAAUAUCACAAAAAUAGCAUUAAAUCAGCUUUUAACAGGUUUGAAAAGUGGAUCGGAGGCAUGGAAAGCGGCCACUUCCUUCGGAAACAUCAGAGGAGAAAGAGAGAGAGCAUGACGAUCAGUUCCCAGCUUAUGCAUCUUCUUGGUCAGAAACGGAUAUGUCCGCCAUGGUUUCUGCUCUCACUCAGGUUAUGGGAACGACCGAUGAUAAGCCAGCGCUGGUGCAAUCAACUCCAUUAACCAUCCCAGAGUGUGCGGUGAAAGAAGAACCUCCUGAUUCAUCUCAACCAGUGCAAGAUCCAGAGAAUGUAAGAAGACGACACUACAGAGGAGUAAGACAAAGACCAUGGGGAAAAUGGGCAGCCGAAAUUCGGGACCCAAAAAAAGCAGCCCGAGUCUGGCUGGGGACCUUUGACACAGCUGAGGAUGCAGCCCUGGCAUAUGAUAGAGCAGCUCUAAGGUUUAAAGGCGCCAAGGCCAAGCUUAAUUUUCCCGAACGAGUUCAAAGAACCACCGAAUAUGGCUACCCUAUGGGGUUUGGGAAUACAAGCGUCUCCCAGCUGCCUGUGCAAAAUCCCGGCCCAGUCGUUCCUCCUCCUCCUCCGUCAACGACGACUUCUUUAUCCCAGGAAACUUUCCCUGGCCUAUACCAGUACGCACAGCUUCUUUCCAGUUCUGAUGUUGAAUUCCCUUAUUACACUACGGGUCUCUUUAAUCAAGAAUCUUUUGCUCCACAAUUUUCGUCAACUUCAUCCUCAUCUUCCGCCUCAUCGCAUCAGCAUCAACAGCAACGGGAACAGCAUGGCAAGGACGACAAUUCUAGUAACCCAAGCGAGUAGCAUCUGUAACAUGGUUUUAGUUAAUAUAAUAUCCAUCCAUUCUGAGUGCUAGCUAGUAUUAAUAGACUCUUCCCUACGAUUGUUUCAACAACUGGACAUCUAUCCCCACGGAAUCAUCAAGAGCUUAAUUCCCAUUAUUUCAUGUUUUGUAUUGGUGAGGACAUGGAUUUUAUUAGUUACAAUCCAAGGACCAUCUCCAUCGAUCUUCUACUGUGUAUGACGAGAGUACUAUUAGAUUUCGGGGUGCCUAAACUUGGCAACUAUAUGUAAGAAAGUUGCUGUUCAGUUGUUUUUAUUUUGAAUCAUUAUUAUCAGGACGUUCAUCUUGCU